CUAAAAGCAGACGUUUUUCUCUAUCACAUGUGAUAUUCGGUGUUAUUUUUGAAUGACCGAAUCAACGAACCCCAGGCAAUAAUGAACAUUGGAUUAUUGUUAAAUUCAUUUUCAAGGCUCAAGAUAAAUAAUGCCAUUCCAUCACGGAACAUUUCUAUUUAUCCUUCGCUCUUUCUAAACACUACAAACGUUCUAUUUGCAGAACCAUUAAAAAAGAAAAGGAGGAUUGAUCCUGGAAUUGUCAGAGCAAGAGAAGAGCGUAGAAAAAGAAAAUUAGAAAAAUCUAUACGGAAGCUACAAAAAACUGCUCGACAAUUAAAACCUAUUGCUGAAAUAGAAGUGCCAGCAAAACUUAAAAAAGAACUAGAACUUAGAAAACGAGAAGUACCAGCAGUAUCUGCUGAGAAACUGGAAAGCGAAGUACUUUUGAAGAAAGAAUGGACUAGAUAUAAAACAAAACAGCAUAAAGAAACUUUACAGUUGAUAGAAAAAUUUAUGUCUGCACAGAAAAAAUCUCUUGAUGAGCUCAGACUAAUAUCGGAAGAGCUCUAUCAAGAGGCAAUACAGAUUGAUCCCGAGUUGUUGCCAUUUUCAACCAAAGGUCCAGUGCGUACACCUCCUAUUGAAGGCUAUGAUCCUCCAGAUGGUGAAUACAUAGAUAUUACCAAAAAAUAUGAAGGAGAAACUUGAGUCAAAGACAUGAGUUGGA